AUGGACUAAAUUUAUAAAAUAUUUUCUUAAAAUAGAUAUACACAUGUUGGAUUAACAUUAAUAAUUGAAUCUUAUUUGCGUAUUUAUUCAUUUUAAUUAUUUGUAUGGACUGAAAGUGAAUUCUUAAACCAUAAAUUUUGA